AUGGAUGAAAGCUCCUCUAACGCCCUUCAGACGCAAGGGGCGGUCGACGACACGCAAACGACACCUAAAAGCUCGACUCAUGCCACUCACUCCGACAGAAAUGUUACGACGGCUGCGGAAGCGGAGGAGAUCAUCCUUACGGAGAUGCGCUACGCGGCCUUUGGCAACACUCUUGGUUUCUUCGACAGUCUCUUCUCCUGUGACGAUUCGCUCAUAGACCAAAUCUACGAUGACUUGACAAGCGGAGAUCAGCCACUAUAUUCCGAAGCCAAUAAGUGCUGGACUUCUCUUCCAACCAACCCGACCAGCGUGGAUUCCAUUUAUGAGCCCCUUGUGACAAUUUUCAGCGCGAUUACGGCGGCAUGUGGUAGUGCAAAGACGUUUAACCUCGUUUGGCAGGACGUGCAUGACAAGAAGGUCAAUUCAGAGGCAGCGGCCGAUGUCAAGCCUGAUAUCAUAGGCCUCUUACAUGCCUGCAAGUACAACUCAUUGGACCUGUGGAGGUUGAUACAGACGCCCGUCGAGGUCAAGAAACCGUUAGGAGUGCUACCUGGCCUUCUUCAGAUUCUGAAAUAUAGUCGUCAAGCGCUUUACGAGCAGGUCGACCGACGAUUUAUCUUUGGUCUUGUCUAUGCUAGGACUCGCCUUACUGUAUGGCACGUUGAUCGGUCGGGAGCGCUGGGCUCUAAAGCAUUCGAUGUUCAUGAGGAUCCGAAACAGCUCAUACGUGUGAUCGCAUGCAUGACUACGAAGAGUCCCGUCGAGCUUGGGUGGGACACGCACUUCAGAAUGGUAACCAGCGAACCGAAUCAGCCUCUUAAGUCAUACCCUUCGUGGGAGGUGUCCGGUGGGCCUCGCUUGAAUCCUGAUAAUCCUUACGACCAGCACUGGUGGGUUUUGUCGAUGCUGAAGCCGAAGAGGGAGCCCAACGGCGAACGAGAAAAUUUCGUGAUCUGGGGCGCUAUCAGCCUGGCUCGAGGAGAGGUGAUUCGGGGGCGAGCUACGAGGGUGUGGCUAGCAUGGAAAGAGGCCGAUCUGGAGCUUGAAGAAGCUAAACGAAAGAUCUAUGUCAUCAAGGACAACUGGCGGGAUGACCGUCGAGGACUUGAGGGCGAACUCUACGACAAGAUAGGGCCCGAUGCUCCUGGAUUCGCCAAGAUAUAUUCGUAUGAGAUAGUCAGAUUCGAUGGCAAAAAAGAUACAACCUCGGAAUUUGUGCGAAAAGGCUUGGCCCAUUCCGGAGCGCCGCUCAAUGUUCGGACGAAACAGGACGGCAAUCGUAACUACCAUCCUGAUGUCUAUCUUCACAAGGACUGCAUACCCGGCGACUGGGAGGAUUAUUUUGAAGCUUCCCCAGGUCCCAACCCACAAGGACGCAUUCACUCGCGCACGGUAAUGGAGAGUCAUGGUUCCCCGCUCUCCGAAUUCAACGACUUGCAGGAGUUAGUCAAGGGCCUACAUGACGCUAUCAAAGGGCAUCAAUAUGCAUUCCAGAAGGGUGUUCUUCACCGUGAUAUCAGCGAUGGCAACGUACUACUCACUGACGAUAAUAAGCCACAUCGUGGUAUUAUGAUCGACUUGGACUAUGCCGUCGCAUUCGAAGGCCACACGCCUUUGUUCGACGACGCGCGUACAGGAACUUUAGCAUUCAUGAGUGCGGAGAUAUCGGACGUAAACCAUCGUCCAUACUUCCCGAACAGGAUCGGUGGAGGAGUCAUCAAGCACAUAGUCACUCGGCCCGGCACGCGCGUCGGUUUCGAGAAGGAGGACGGUGUUGAUCACUACUUGAUGAAGACCAUCAAAAAGUUAUUCGACGGCGAGGAUUUCGAUGGCAACGGCGAUGCCAAACGGCUCAUCAUCAAGAACGUCGACGAAUUCCAACAAAGCAUCGCCGAUCACAUACAGGCUUAUUUCCAUCCGAUCAAGGAUGUCGUGACCGACCUUCAUGAUGUUCUUCGAGAGGCUUACCGAACACGCUCUUGGCCGGAUAUCCACGACAAGUUCAUCGCCAUCUUUGCGGCUGCCGAAGAGCGUCUCAAGAAUCUGGCCGAUGACGAGGGAAGGGCCAAGUAUCGGGAGAUGGAACAGGCUCAACGUAAUCUUAGGGCAAAGGCUUGCCUGCCACGCUCGCCUCCUGCUGCUGUGCUCCAUGAGAGGGCCAGGAAGGCUGCAAAGGAGAAAGCGGAGAAGCUGGCUGCAGCGAAGGCCGCGAAGGUAGACGGCGAUGGACCAAGGAAGGCCUCGAGCUCGCAGACCAAGAGGAAGGCUGAUUCCGAGGAUGAUGUCGAGUCUUCUGGCGCGAAGAAAUCUAGGAGGACCACUGAGGGUAGGAGGACUACUGGGGGUAGGAGGACUACUGAGGGGGCUUCAAGCUGA